UCCUCUUCUCCCUUCAGACGAUGAUUUCAUCUUUCUCUUCCAUGCAAACAGAAACCGUAACUUCUGCGUCUUCGUCCUUUUCUUUUUCCUUUCUACCCCUCCUCAAACAUCAAAUUUACACUACCACACCCUUCACAACUAACGGCAGAAACCAUCUCACCCUCCAGGCACUUUCUUCUUCUUCUUCUUCUUCUUCUCCAACCAAAGACAUAUGGAGACGAUCCAAGACGGCACCGUUUUACCGCCCAAAACCCUCCCAAAACUCCACUUUUUUAGACCACAGCAUCGACAUGGAAGAGCUUUUCGCUUCCAUAUCCAAAACGCAAAACGGAAAAGACCUUUUUACCCUUCUAUCCCCAUACAAAACCCGCCAACUCUCAAUCCGUUUCAUGGUAUCCCUCCUUUCCCGCGAAACAGACUGGCAAAGAUCGUUAGCUUUGCUCGACUGGGUCAACGAAGAAGCCCGUUACUCGCCUUCACUCUUCGCUUACAACGUUGUUAUUCGAAACGUGGUGAAAGCUAAACAAUGGGCAGUUGCCCAUGGCCUGUUUGAAGAAAUGCGUGAAAAAGGGUUAACACCCGACAGGUUUACUUAUUCGACAUUGAUAACGUAUUUUGGGAAAGAGGGCAUGUUUGAUUCCGCUUUGUCUUGGCUUCAAAAGAUGGAAAAUGACGGUGUUUCGGGUGAUCUUGUUCUUUUUAGCAAUUUGAUUGAGUUAUCGAGGAAGCUACGAGAUUAUUCCAAAGCUAUUUCAAUUUUUAAUAAGUUGAAGAGGUCGGGAAUCGUGCCUGAUCUUGUUUGUUAUAAUUCGAUGAUUAAUGUGUUUGGGAAGGCUAAGUUGUUUAGAGAAGCAAGGUUGUUGGUUAAGGAAAUGAGGGAUGUUGGGGUCAUGCCGGAUACAGUUAGUUAUUCAACUGUUUUAAAUAUGUAUGUGGAGAAUCAAAAGUUUGUUGAGGCAUUAUCGGUGUUUGCUGAGAUGAACGAAGUGAAGUGUCCACUUGAUCUUACCACUUGCAAUAUUAUGAUUGAUGUUUAUGGUCAGCUUGAUAUGGUGAAGGAGGCGGAUAGGUUGUUUUGGGGUAUGAGGAAGAUGGGGAUUGAGCCGAAUGUUGUUAGCUAUAAUACCCUUUUAAAGGUUUAUGGUGAGGCUGAGCUUUACGGGGAAGCAAUUCAUCUUUUUAGGUUGAUGCAUAGGAAGGAUAUUGAGCAGAAUGUUGUUACAUAUAAUACUAUGAUUAAGAUUUAUGGAAAGUCUCUCGAGCAUGAAAAGGCGUAUAAUCUUAUGCAAGAGAUGCAAAAUAGAAGGAUUGAACCUAACGCCAUUACAUAUUCAACCAUAAUAUCUAUAUGGGGUAAGGCAGGGAAGUUGGAUAGGGCUGCAAUGUUAUUUCAGAAGUUGAGGAGCUCUGGGGUUGAGAUUGAUCAGGUGCUUUAUCAAACAAUGAUUGUGGCUUAUGAAAGAGCCGGUUUGGUUGCUCAUGCUAAGCGCUUGCUUCAUGAGCUUAAGCAACCGGAGAAUCUCCCUAGGGAUACAGCAAUUAUGAUUCUUGCUCAUGCUGGUCGGAUUGAAGAGGCUACGUGGGUUUUUCGACAGGCAUGUGAUGCUGGUGAGGUGAAGGAUAUAUCUGUGUUUGGAUUGAUGAUUGAUCUUUUCUCACGGAAUAAGAAGCAUGCAAAUGUCAUUGAGGUGUUUGAGAAGCUGAGGAGUGCUGGGAAUUUUCCUGAUUCUAAUGUGAUUGCCCUGGUGCUGAAUGCCUACGGGAAGUUGCGAGAGUUUGACAAAGCAGAUGCUGUAUAUAAGGAGAUGCAGGAAGAAGGAUGUGUCUUUCCUGAUGAAGUUCACUUCCAAAUGCUGAGUCUUUGUGGUGCUAGAAAAGACUUUAAGAUGGUAGAGUCACUGUUUGAAAAGCUUGAUUCUGAUCCUAACAUCAAUAAAAAGGAGCUGCAUCUUGUUGUUUCCAGCAUUUAUGAAAGAGGAAACAGACUAAAUGACGCGUCGCAAAUCAUGAACAGAAUGAGAGAAAGAGGAAUUUUGAAGUCAUUUAAAUUCACUCCAAAAGCAGCAAAUUUAACUCUCUCAGAUCAGCUCACAACUUUUGCCCUUUCCUUUUCUCUCCCAAGCUUUCCAAUCCAAGCAAGGGGAGAACGAGAGACAACAAAAAAAGAAGAAGAAAUGAAGAGAUUAAAAUCCUAUUACAUGCAAAUUCGUCACAAUAAUAAUCAAGCAAUGGAGCGCAGAUGGAUCUUCCCUUUAGCUGUUGGUUCCAUUGUUUCCUUAUUUUUACUCUUUCUAACAACCUUAACCUCCUUUGACGGCUCCCCAUUUCUUUUCUUCUACCGUUCCUCCGCCGUAAUCGGCGGCUCCUCCACUUUCGUGGAGAACCAGCUAAAACCCAUCCCCAUCUCCACCCUCCCUCCCCCUCCCCGCUUCGCAUACCUCGUUUCCGGCUCCGCCGGCGACGGCCGCAUGCUGAAAAGGACCCUCUUAGCGCUUUACCAUCCCUUAAACCAAUACGUAGUCCAUCUUGACAGGGAAGCUAGCUCUGAAGAGAGACUCGAUCUGGAGAAGUUUGUGAAAGAUCAUCAAGUGUUUAAUAAAGUUGGGAAUGUUAGGAUGAUUGUGAAAGCUAAUUUGGUUACUUAUAGAGGACCUACUAUGGUUGCUAAUACGCUUCAUGCUGCUGCAAUUUUGUUGAAAGAAGGAGGAGAUUGGGAUUGGUUUAUUAAUCUUAGUGCUUCUGAUUAUCCCCUUGUUACCCAAGAUGAUCUGUUGCACACAUUUUCAUACUUGCCAAGGGAUCUGAAUUUCAUUGAUCAUACAAGCAAUAUUGGGUGGAAGGAGUUUCAGCGGGCAAAGCCAAUUAUUAUAGAUCCAGGGUUGUAUAGUGUGAAAAAAGCUGAUGUCUUUUGGGUAACACAGAGGAGAAGUGUUCCAACUGCAUUCAAACUCUUUACAGGUUCUGCGUGGAUGGCACUUUCUCGCCCUUUUAUUGAUUAUUGCAUCUGGGGAUGGGACAACCUACCUCGAACAGCCCUCAUGUACUAUGCAAACUUUUUAUCUUCUCCAGAAGGUUACUUCCACACUGUCAUUUGUAAUGCUCAAGAGUUCCGUAACACUACUGUAAACAGUGAUCUCCAUUUUAUAUCAUGGGAUAACCCUCCCAAGCAGCAUCCGCAUCACCUCAAGCUUAAUGACAUGCAACGAAUGAUAGACAGCAAUGCUCCUUUUGCGAGAAAGUUCCCUCAGGAAGACCCAGUGCUUGACAAAAUUGACUCUGAGCUGUUGUCUCGGGGUCCAGGAAUGUCAACUCCUGGCGGUUGGUGUGUAGGAAUUGGGAAAAAUGGGACUGAUCCUUGUUCUGUUGUUGGUAAUACAACAGUCCUCAGGCCGGGUCCUGGAGCGAAAAGGUUGGAAACUUUGAUCAGCUCUCUUCUAUCCAAUGACAAUUUUAGGCCGCGGCAAUGCAAAUAA